CGGACUCCGUUAUUACGCAUGCGUCGUUCCUCUCGCUGAUUCCGCCAGCAUCCCGUCAUGCCCCACGGGGCAGUCGAGACGGAGCCUCCCAGCCAGCUCGGACGCUAGAGCGGCAGCAGCAGGCCGACCAUGUCCGAGAAGAAGCAGCCCGUGGACCUGGGGCUCCUGGAGGAGGAUGACGAGUUCGAGGAGUUCCCGGCGGAAGAUUGGGCUGGUUUAGAUGAAGAUGAAGAUGCACAUGUCUGGGAAGACAAUUGGGAUGAUGACAAUGUAGAAGAUGACUUCUCCAAUCAGUUAAGAGCUGAACUAGAAAAACAUGGAUACAAGAUGGAGACCUCAUAGUUUUCAAUGAAGAUGGAGUAAUCUAAAAUUGAACUAUAGACUGAAUUGUU